AGACACAGGGAAGGAAGAAGAGGCAGGGGGAGGGGAAAGUGAUGAGGGGACGGGUGAUGUUGGGGAAGGAAAGAAGGAAGAAAAGGCACAGAAACUAGAGAAGAAACCUACAUGAUGACAGCAAAGUGGUGGUGGAUGGAGUUAUCAAGAAGCUGACGACAGUUGGUAGGUAGUGGGAAAUGGUCACGUCGUCUCCUGGACAUGGAGUUGAUCUACCUAACUGACACUGGUGGCCAGCAACCAUUCUGGGACCUCAUCCCAAUCUUCGCAAGUGACACAUCAGCCACACUAUUUGUCAAUCGGCUCUGCGAGAAGCUCGAUGAUCAUCCUUGCAACGAUUUAUACGAGAUAGGGAAACAGGUCGGUCCCAGCCAGAGAGCCACACUCACCACUGCUGAGGCCUUCAAAACAAUGCUUCGAGGCCUGCACGAAGGGAAAGAAGGAAAGCGCUCCAAGAUCAUUGCUGUCGGCACUCACCGAGAUUUAGCAGAUGAUUGUGAAGAGACAUUAGAAGAAAAGAACAAAAAAUUAGCUGAAAUUGCAUCACCUCACUUUCAGAAAGAUGUGAUUUUCAGAAAGGAUGACAUGAAGGAGAUAAUCUUCCCAGUCAACACAAAAAAGCCAGACGAAGAUGACAAAAAAGAGGCCAGUAAAAUAAGAGCCAGCAUUGAAAAGGGUGGCAAAAAACACAAGAUUCCAAUCUGGUGGUUCAUCCUUCAAAUGAUCCUAGAAGCACUAGCUCACAGGCUUGGAAGAAGAGUGCUCAGCAAAGAUGAGUGCCUCCAUAUUUCAGAUUCACUGGGGUUUGUUGAGGGAGAACUCGAUACUGCACUAGCUUUCUUUGACAAACUCAACAUUUUCCUGUACAAGAAAAACAUUCUUCCCAACGUCGUGUUCACCAAUCCGCAAGUCCCCGUGGACAAACUCUCGAGGCUCAUCGAGAAGCAAUACCACCUGAAAGCUGCAGAGGCAGAUCCAACAAAAGCUACUAGUGUGGCAAUGGAUGGUCAGUGGAAGAACUUCCGUGACAGUGGAAUCCUCACUCUCGAAUGUCUCAAUGAAUUCAUGGCUCACUAUGUGGAUGGAAUCUUCACAGCAAGUGAUCUUCUACAACUGCUCAAGGAGCUCCUCAUCAUUUCCAGAUUGUCACCCACUGAAUACUUCUUCCCAGCAGUCUUGAGUAUGACCCCAGAGUCUCGAGUCAAUCAGUUCCUUGACCGGUGCAGAGAGUCAGGGAUAGCUCCUCUAGUAGUGAAGUUCCCCACUGGCUGGGCUCCUCCUGGUGUGUACUGCUGCAGUGUGUGCCACCUUCAGUCCGAGACUGGAUGGGAGGUUGUCCACAAACCACCCACCCCUUCUGGCAAGGAAGAAACAUCCGACACGCAACUCUGCCAGACUUCUCGCAACUCAAUCACAUUUGCAAAACAUGGGAGACCAGGCUCAGUGACAUUCAUCGACAACUUUUCCUUUUUCAUUGCCUGCGUUAACGUUGACACCAGGAAGAUGGAGCGAAAGGAAAUGGUGGAGCACUGUCAGGCCGUGAGGUCAGAGCUGUUUGCUGCAGUCGAGGCAGGUCUGGAGAACACUCACCACGAAAAAUCUUGUCCAGUCCCUGCCUUUCUCUGUCCUCACCAGAACAAGUCUUGUAGCACUAGAUUACACACUGCACAUCUCUCAGAGAAUGGCGGGAAGUGGAUAUGCUCCGUAAAUUAUGACAUUUUCAACUAUCUUACUCCAGACCAAACCCUGUGGCUUAGUGGAACAGGAGGUGUUACUCCAUCGAGAACCUCAGCCCCCAUAAUGCGAGACCUUGCCAAUCGUGUUGCAGCCGUAAUUCCCCACAAGUGGAAGGAAGUAGCAAUUCAGUUGGAUCUCAGCCGAAGUGAAAGGAAGGCCAUAGAGAAAGAUGAAGAUAAAUCCUUCGAUUGCUUCAUUGCCGUCCUUGAACAGUGGAAACAAACAGCGAAUCUGCCCUACACUUGGAAGACAAUAGUCACUGUGUUGAAGUCAGCAUCUGUUGAUGAGACAAGAUUAGCAGAGAAGCUGGAGAAAGACUUUUGCUAGAUUCAUGCUUUUGCGUGUAGUUGUAAUAUGGUGGAUAAAAAUGGAUAAUGGCUCCAUAAUUAUUUCAUUGCUCAUGAAAAUUUCCCUCCACACAAGCCCUGUAUCAUCGCCACUCUUAUUUGUGACAUACUGAAUGAUGUAGUGCGAGAACUGGUAAGAGGGCUAAGAAUGCGCAUUGUAGUUGAGCAAACAUGAACUAUGCAGUCCCAACUCAAUAACAAUGCAAAGAGCUGUCAGAGAGCUGUGCGUUACCUGUCUCAUGUGCUUAGGAAUUAAUGAGACAUGCCUGCACAUUAUACGAGCAACAUACUCACGCUUUGUGACAAUAUUAUUAUUAUAUAGGGCUUGUGUCGAGGAAAAAUAAAAUUUACGAGAAAGCUUGAAAUUAAUAUGGAGCCAUUAUCCAUUGUACUACUGCAUCACAUACACUAGGUCAUCCCUGUCUUUUCUCCUUGCUUUUUAUACCAUCUCUAUAAUAUUCCACACUUUUUAAUUCGA